CAUGAGCGCCAGGCAUCUCAGCGUUCAUCAUUACAGUAUCUAACACAAAAUCUACAGCACUCGAUCGAACAUCCUCUCGCUACCUUUUCCAAGUCCUAGCUCCCACGAUUCCGACUCUACAAUCUCUUCUCGAUCCCAAAAUGUGGGAAUCUGAGACCAAGCGCUACCCUCGGGGCUCCUUCGACCUCGACAGCCAAGACGCCAUGAAGACUGAUGGCUUUGAGCGCAGAGGACAAUGCUGGUAUAUCUUAGAGAGAUAUCCAAGUGAUUUGCUAGUUAAAGUUGGAGACUCCAUAUUCCAUCUCCACAGGUACCCUCUACUUGCUAGAAGUGGGAAAUUGAACAGAAUAGUAUAUGAGUCGUCAUCGGACCCGAGCCUGGUCGAGCUCGACGAACUCCCUGGCGGGCCCGAUUCGUUUGAGCUCGCCGCAAAAUUCUGCUACGGCAUCGCGGUUGACUUAACCUCAUCGAACAUCUCCGGCCUCCGGUGCGCCGCCGAGUACUUAGAAAUGACUGAAGACUUAGAAGAAGGCAACCUCAUAUUCAAAACAGAGGCUUUUCUCAGUUACGUAGUCCUCUCUAGUUGGCGUGACUCAAUUGUGGUGCUAAAAAGUUGCGAAAACCUCUCCCCUUGGGCUGAAAACCUCCAAAUUGUGAGGAGGUGUAGUGAGUCUAUAGCAUGGAAGGCUUGUGCUAACCUGAGAUCGAUCCGUUGGGCUUACACGGGUCGAUCCGAUAGCCCGAAAUGGAGCAGCAACGGGUCGAAGGAAUCGAGCCCAAGUCGCAACACGUUAGCCCCCCCUGACUGGUGGUUCGAAGAUGUUUCGUUGCUCAGGAUCGAUCACUUCGUUAGAGUUGUUACUGCGAUUAAAGUGAAGGGAAUGCGUUUCGAUCUAAUUGGAGCUUCGAUUGUACACUAUGCGUCGAAAUGGCUGCCGGGUUUGGGUAAAGAGAUCAUAAACCCAAAUGCAGAGGAGAAUUGUAACCAACCUGGGCUGCAUUUGAUUGUUAGCGGUAGUCUAAACAAGGACGAGCUAACGAGUUCUCAAGUUAGAGAGCAGAGAAUGGUGAUCGAGAGCUUGAUUAGUAUAAUCCCCCCUCAAAAGGAUUGUGUACCAUGUAGCUUUUUACUGAGAUUAUUGAAGCUAGCAAAUAUGUUGAAUGUUGCACCCGCAUUGGUGACCGAACUGGAGAAAAGAGUAGGGAUGCAAUUAGAACAAGCGAGUUUAAGUGAUUUAUUGAUUCCCAGUUACAAUAAGAGCGAGACUUUGCAUGAUGUUGAUAUGGUUCAGAGAAUUGUGGAGCAUUUCUUAGUGCAAGAACAUACCGAGUGUUCGAGUCCAGGGAGAGAUGCUUUUGGGGACAAUACUAGUAAGUAUGAGAGAGGAGGGGUAAAUGCAAAAAUUAGAGUUGCGAGGUUGUUGGAUAGUUAUCUAACUGAGGUUUCCAGAGAUAGAAAUCUUUCGCUUACAAAGUUUCAGGUUUUGGCUGAGGCUUUACCGGAGUCUGCUAGGAGUUGUGAUGAUGGGCUGUAUCGAGCUGUGGAUUCUUAUCUCAAGGCACACCCAACACUGACAGAGCACGAGCGCAAGCGCCUGUGCCGCGUUAUGGACUGCCAGAAACUCUCCAUCGACGCCUGCAUGCACGCAGCCCAGAACGAGCGCCUCCCCCUCAGAAUCGUAGUCCAGGUCCUCUUCUCCGAACAAGUCAAGAUCAGCAACGCCAUCGCCAACUCCUCCCUCAAAGAACCAGGCGGCGUCGACCACCUCUACCAGCCCAUUGUCUCCACCCGAAAGCAGCUCCUCGAAGGAACUCCUCAGUCCUUUCAAGAUGGCUGGGCAACUGCCAAGAAAGACAUCAACACUCUUAAGUUUGAACUGGAAAGUAUGAAGGCUAAGUAUUUGGAACUUCAGAAUGAUAUGGAUAAUUUGCAGAGGCAGUUCGAAAAGAUGUCUUCUUCUUCUUCUUCGUCCAAGAGUGUUAAUAAUAAGCAGAGCUCCUCAGCUUGGAGUAGCGGAUGGAAGAAGCUGAGUAAGUUGACGAAAAUGGCGGGAACGGAGGGGCAUGAGACCGGGGAGCAGCAGGUUUUGGCGGGAGGAGGAGGGGAGAGGAAGGGGCCGAGGAGGUGGAGGAAUUCGAUUUCUUGAGAGUCACCCGGGAAUUUGGAAGUGAGAAUGGAGGUUUGAAUUUGUUCUUUGUUCUUCUAGUUUCAUUAUCCCUCCUCUUCUCUGUGUUUGCACUUUGAAGGGAAGCAUGUUUGUUGCAAGGGGUGGUUAUAUAAUUAAAGCUCGUGAAGUAGGAUUCCGAAAUAAAGUUUGUUUGUUGUUAACUGUGGGUGUGUUUUUGAAUGUACUACUGUUCUAUUAAUUGUGCUAAGUGUUUAGUUGUUUGAUUGGGAAAGUGUAUGUAUGCCAUAAAAGAAUUAAGAGCUUAGUUUAUUUAUUUCUUUUUUAUU